CCGGGGAAAGUUGUUUCCGGAACUUGUCAGUGCGAUUCUCAUCAUUCCAAACUCAAGUCUUGUUCUGUGUUCGCUUCAAACAUGUCUUGUGCGACUUUGUCCUCUGUUUGCUUUUCUUUGUGACACUUUUGUUGUCCCGAACAUGUCCUUCUGAAGGAGCUGUCUGGCGAAUUAAGGAUGAGCUCCAAGACAGAAGACACAACAGAAGGCCGCCUUCAGGCCCAACUAGGCGAGAGGCGGGCGCAGGUGGAACACUGGAAGGGUGUGGUCACCGUUUGUGAACUGAGCAAACGGGAGGAACUGGCAGAGCUGCAGAAACAAUAUGAUCAAGAGAUCCAGUCUCUCCAGGAGGCCCUCAGAGAGACGGCGUCGCAGUACGAGUCCAGGAUGGCGGCUCUGCUGGAGGGCAGGAGAGCCAGUCAGGUUAGUUUUCAUUGAGCACAUCAUUUGCAAGUUGACGCCAUGGGGUUCUCCUCUCUCCACCAGGGAAGUGUAAGGAAGGGCAAGAUGGAGACAGAGGUGACGUCACCAGACAGGUUACCAGAUGACCCCCAGCAGGCGGCGCAGAAUAACACGGAAGGGUACUUUUCACUGCGGAACUGCGACUCGGCCUCCUUGUCGUCCUUCUCCAUAGACACGCCUUCCUUGCCCAGGAAGGUCCACGCCCAGGAAGACACGGACUCUCUGGUCUCCACGGGCACUCUGGUGCCAGAAGCCAUCUACCUUCCGCCCGCCGGCCACAGGCUGGUGACUCACAACGACUGGGAUGUCCUCAACGCUCAGGUGUCGGAAUUGAGAGGACAGGUGAGUCGUCUGGAGGCUGACAAGGAGGGGCUGGAAAAAGAACUAGAAACACAGACCACGCACACACACAAACAGGUAUCGCUGCUGCAGUCUCAGGUCCAAUCAUCAGAGGCCCUUCUUCAGGAUUUACAGAAAUCUCUCAGCCAAUCACAGAGCGCAGUACAGAGUCGACUGUCGGAGCUGUGUGUGUCCCAGAGAAAGGUGUGCAGUGAUCUGUCCAGACUGAAGGGAGAGGAGGUUGAAGAAGACUCCAGUGUGUUCCUCCCGUCAUCCUUACAGGCAACACACUGUGAGGAACGUCUCCGCAUCCAGAUCGUCAACCUGAGGGAACACCUUGACAUGCGGGCAGAGGAGAACGAAGUUCUACAAGCACAGCUGUCCACUCUGAAGACAGAGGCAGAGAGGAUCCAAGACCAGAAGGAGAACAUCCAGGCUGAGCUGAUGGCCUGUCGCACCGAACUGGACGCCCUGCGCUUGGCGCUCUCUCACCUGCAGGCCAACAGCAAAGUGCUGAGUAACGAGAAAGUGGUCCUACAGCAGCAGUGUCUGGAGCUGCGCAGCCAAGUGAUCAGCCUGCGCUCUCAGGUGGACACCAGCCAAACGGUCCAGAGAGACUUUGUGCAGCUCUCGCAAUCCCUGCAGGUCAAACUGGAGUUAAUCAGGCAAGCAGAAUCUUUGGAGAAAGUCACAGAAAUCCUGGAGAAGAGAAUCCGUGUCGCUGAUCCGCCGCCUGCAGACGUCUCCUGACUGCUGGUCGUCACAAGUAAACAACAGACUUUUAAAGAGACACACACACUUUUAUUUUGUAUUAAACAGACUUUUAAAGAGACACACACAGUCCUAUUUUCUAGUAAACAGACUUUUAAAGUGACACACACUUUUAUUUUCUAUUAAACACUUUUAAAGAGACACACACACUAUUACUUUCUAGUAAACACACACACUUUUAAUGAGACACACACACUUUUAUUGUUCUGGUAAACAAACACACUUUUAAAGAGACACACACACUUUUAUUGUUCUAGUAAACACACACUUUUAAAGAGACACACACUAUUACUUUCUAGUAAACACACAUUUUUACACAGACACACACUUUUAUUGUUCUAGUAAACAAACACACUUUUAAAGAGACACACACACUUUUAUGGUUCCAGUAAACACACACACUUUUAAAGAGACACACACUUUUAUUGUUCUAGUAAACACACAGACUUUUAAAGAGACACACACUUUUAUUGUUCUAGUAAACACACACUUUUAAAGAGACACACACACUUUUAUUGUUCUAGUAAACACACACACACUUUUAAAGACACACACACACUUUUAUUGUUCUAGUAAACACACACACUUUAAAAGAGACACACUUUUAUUGUUCUAGUAAACACACAGACUUUUAAAGAGACACACACACUUUUAUUGUUCUAGUAAACACACACACUUUAAAAGAGACACACACUUUUAUUGUUCUAGUAAACACACAGACUUUUAAAGAGACACACACACUUUUAUUGUUCUAGUAAACACACAUACUUUUAAAAAGACACACACUUUUAUUGUUCUAGUAAAUAUACACUUUUAUUUUCCUAGUAAACACACAUACUUUUAAAAAUACACAGACACUAUUUUCCUAGUAAACACACACUAUUAAAGAGACACCACUUUUAUUUUUGUAGUAAACACACACUUUUAAAGACACACACUAUUAUUUUAUAGUAAACACACUUUUAAAGAGAGACACACACUUGUAUUGUUCUAGUAAACACACACACUUUUAAAGAGACACACACACACUUUUAAAAAGACACGCACACUUGUAUUGUUCUAGUAAACACAGAGACUUAAAAAGACACACACACUUUUAUUUUUCUAGUAAACACACACACUUUUAAGAAUACACAGACACUAUUUU